AUGCCGAGUAAAUAUUUGUAUCGUAGUCACCAGGAGGUGGCGAGGGCUCAUUUCAACGACCUCAACGCGGCCAUUCAGGAGGUUGAACUGGAAGUCGACGGGAGUAGUCUUACUCUGGCCACUGUAGUGGCUGUGUCCAAAUUCUCUUGCCAGCCGUUUCUGACACAGAAGAGCGAUACACUGAAUGGGAUCAACAACAGUGUAUUAACACUCAAGGAAUGUCUUGCUAACCGACACCCCAUUUAUGGCGUCAAUACGGGCUUCGGGGGCAGUGCCGACUCACGGACCGACCAUGUCAUCACUUUACAGAAGUCUCUGCUUCAACUACUCCAGAGCGGAAUUCUUACCAGUAAGGAUACCGCGUCCGGCAAUGACGGAAGCAAUACCGUGCACGGAAGCCAGUCGAUGCCGUCAGAAUGGGUGAGGGCGACGAUGCUUGUUCGCUGUAACUCCGUGGUGAAGGGGCAUUCAGCGGUGUCAUUGCCUGCAAUCAAUGGGCUGUUACAGCUGCUCCAGAAGAAUGCCACUCCCGUGGUACCCCUGCGAGGAACGAUCUCCGCGUCCGGAGAUCUGAUGCCGCUCGCAUAUGUGACUGGGGCGAUGGAAGGAAAUCCGGGAAUCUUUGUCCGAGUGAAUGGUGACGUGAUCACAGCGCAGGAGGCGUUGAAAAAGAUUGGAAUGAAAGCAGUGACCCUGGGACCGAAGGAAGGGCUGGGUUUAGUCAAUGGGACAGCAGCAUCGGCCGCUGUGGCAAGCUUGGCUUUGUAUGAGACACAUCAACUCGCGCUGCUAGCACAGAUUGUCACUGCACUGUCCGUCGAAGCCCUACGAGGUAGUACGGAAAGCUUUCAUCCCUUUAUCGCCGAAGUACGUCCUCAUGACGGCCAGGCGGAAGUUGCAACCAAUGUUCUCUCCCUCCUGCAGACUUCUCAGCUUGCACGGGGCGAGCGACCGACAACGGUGAAGACCGGGCUGGCCCAGGAUCGAUACUCACUACGGACGGCCAGUCAGUGGCUUGGUCCCCAGCUUGAGGACCUCCUUCUGGCCGACCAUCAAAUUGGCAUCGAGCUCAAUUCGACCACCGAUAAUCCUCUGGUAGACAGUGCGGCAAGAACAACCUACUCGGGAGGGAACUUCCAGGCUACCUCCGUGACGUCGGCCAUGGAGAAGACGCGGCUGGCCUUGCAGAUGAUUGGAAAGCUGCUAUUCACUCAAUGCACAGAAAUGAUCGAUCCGAGUCUCAAUAACGGGCUGCCCACAAAUCUGGUGGCAGACGACCCCAGUCUAUCAUUUACGAUGAAAGGGGUGGAUAUCAACAUGGCAGCCUACAUGGCUGAAUUGGCAUACCUGGCCAAUCCAGUCAGUACCCAUGUGCAGACGGCCGAGAUGCAUAACCAGGCUCUGAACUCCCUGGCCUUCGUGUCCGCCCGGUAUACCAUGCAGGCCGUGGAUCUGGUCUCAAUGAUGACAGCAUGCUCCCUUUACGUCGCAUGCCAGGCCCUGGACCUCCGUGUCCUACAACUAAGCUUCUUCAAGAUCCUACAACCCUUGCUCCUUCAUAGUUUAACCGGCGCGUUUUGCAACUUCAUAAGGGAAGAAGAAUUGCAGGAAGCAUGUCAACGUCUAUCCGAAGAGAGUCCGAGCGCCUGGGAGUCGACUUCACGAUUAGACCUUCACGAUCGAUGCGAGAAGGUGAUUGAUAUCCUUCUACCCACAAUUCUCAGCUACCUGACACGAGUUGACCGGCAAAAGCGCAGUGACGUGUGCCUCAUCCAAGUCCUGAAUGGAUGGAAGGCAAGCGUCAUCCCAAGUAUUAAGGAGGCAUACCUACUUGUGCUACAGGACUUUUGCAAAACCCAGAAUACUGCAGAGUAUCUGGGGUCUGGGACCAGGAUAAUUUAUGCCGCUGUUCGCCAUCAACUGCACGUUCCAUUCCACCGGGGCUUCAUCGAGCAUCCAGUGGAAGGCGAGCCAUCCGUUAACAGUAUUGACGGCAGGGACAAAAAGACCGUUGGAGGUUGGAUUUCAGUCAUCUAUCAAGCCCUGCGUGAUGGUGCACUAGGUGAAACCGUCAACUCAGCAUUCUAA